AGGAACAAAAUUGUCAUGCAAAAGUCCAGGACAGUGUACCACUCUCAGUCCUCAAAGAGAAAGAUAAGAAAUUCUGGAUUUUCAGAGUCCCUUUGAAGUCUUUUAAGCCACUGAUCAAUAUUCCUAUAGAAAAUGAAGAUCAUUGUAUAUUUUUGCAUUUGGGCAGUAGCAUGGGCCAUUCCAGUGCCUCAAAUCAAGCCUUUGGAGAGACAUGCUGUUGACAAAACUGUGAAUUUAAAUCUUCUAGCAAAAUCAAAAGUUCCAAUACAGGGUGCAUUAAAUGCCAAUGAUACCACCAAAGAAAGUGGUGGCCUCAUGCAUGAAAAUGAACGAGGAAGGCAACAGGAUAUCCAAGAUGGUUACAAAGGAGACAGAAAUGGUUCUGAGUGGGCAGAGCUGGGAGGGAAAAGUUCUUCAACAGGUUCCAUGUUAGUAAAUGAAAAGGGAAAUACAGAGGAUCUAAAGGGGGGCACAGGAAAACCAGAAACAUACGACCAUGAUGGGAUCCAAGGACAAGAAGACAGCCUCACUGCAAACGGCCUCAGGGGACAAGUAAGCAUCGUCCACGACGCUGGAGCAGCAAAUGGGAGCCAUAUGGAUGGGAUUGCUGAGAACAGUUCUCAAAAUGCAGGCGUUGGAAAUACAAGUCCAAGUGAGGACGCCACUGUUGUCCAAGAGGAUGGACAUCAAGUAGCUGGAAGCAGUAACAGUACAGGUCAGGAGGCUGAAAUCAAUGGGAAUUCCUGUAGAGAUGGGGCUGACACGAGUGAAACAACACCUCAGAGAGAAGAUGAGAGAAAUGGGAAUGAGGAGGUAGGGGUAUUGCCAGUGGGGAGUGGAGCUGGAAAUGGAGAAGAUGUUGGUUUGGAUAAUUUUGAAGGAAGUCCUAGUGGGAAUGGAGCAGAUGAAGAUGAAGACAAGGGCUCUGGUGAUGGUGAAGAUGAAGAAAUAGGGAAUGGAGUGAAGGGUAGUGAUACCAGCAAGGGCCAGGAGGGUCAAUCUCAUGGAGAAGAGGAUGAUGAGGACAAUAGCUUAGGUCAAAAUUCAGUUAGUAGUGAAGAUGAUGGCCCUGGGGACAAAGAAGAUGCCCAUGUCAUUGAUGGAGACAACAUCUCCAAGAGUGAGGAAGAUUCUGCAGGUAUUCCAGAAGACAAUGGUAGCCAGAAAACAGAGGACACUCAAAAACCCAGUCACAGAGAGAACAAAGCUGUGGAAAAUAGAAUCACUGAAAAGUCAGAGCCAACUGCUAUUGGGAAGAACCAAGAUAAGGGAAUGGAAAUGGAAAGUCCCAGCAGUGGCCACAGACACAAUGUUACUAAAGAAGCUGGGAAAGUGAGCGAAGAUAAAGAGAGUAAAGGCCAACAUGGAAUGAUUGUGGGCAAAGGAAAUGUCAAGACGCAAGGAGAGAUUGACAUUAUACAAGGAGCUGGCCAGAAACUGGAAUCUGGAAACAAGCUUGGACCCAGCCAAGCACAUAGUGACAGUAACAGUGAUGGGUAUGACAGCUACGAGUUUGACGAUGAAUCCAUGCAAGGAGAUGAUCCCAACAGCAGUGAUGAGUCUAAUGGCAGUGAUGAUGCCAAUUCUGAAGGUGAUAAUAAUCACAGUAGCCGAGGAGAUGCUUCUUAUAACUCUGAUGAAUCAAAUGACAAUGGCAAUGACAGUGGCUCAAAAGGAGAUGAUGAUGGUAGUGAUGACACAUCAGAUGCUAACGAUAAUGGUAGUGAUGGCAGUGAUAACAAUGGAGGUGAUGACAAUGGCAAAUCAGGCAACAGCAAAGAUAAAUCAGACGGCAGUGACAGCAGUGACAGCAGUGACAGUGACAGUAAGUCAGACAGUGACAGUAAGUCAGACAGUGACAGUAGUGAUAGCAGUGACAGUGACAGUAAGUCAGACAGUGACAGUAGUGACAGUGACAGCAGUGACAGUGACAGCAGUGACAGUGACAGUAAGUCAGACAGUGACAGUAGUGAUAGCAGUGACAGCAGUGACAGCAGUGACAGUGACAGCAGUGACAGCAGUGACAGUGACAGUAAACCAGAUAGUGACAGCAGUGAUAGCAGUGACAGUGACAGCAAGUCAGACAGUGACAGCAGUGACAGUGACAGUAAAUCAGACAGUGACAGUAGUGAUAGCAGUGACAGUGACAGUAAGUCAGACAGUGACAGCAGCGACAGUAAUGACAGCAGUGACAGUGACAGCAGUGACAGCAGCAAUAGCAGUGAUAGUGACAGUAAGUCAGACAGUAACAGCAGCGACAGCAGUGACAGUGACAGUAAUGACAGCAGUGACAGUGACAGCAGUGACAGUAGUGACAGCAGUGAUAGCAAAUCAGACAGUAGUGACAGCAGUGAUAGUGACAGCAGUGAUAGUGACAGCAGCGACAGUAGCGAUAGCAGUGACAGCAGUGACAGUAGUGACAGCAGUGAUAGCAAAUCAGACAGUAGUGACAGCAGUGAUAGUGACAGCAGUGAUAGUGACAGCAGCGACAGUAGCGAUAGCAGUGACAGCAGUGAUAGUAGUGACAGCAGUGAUAGCAAAUCAGACAGUAGUAACAGCAGUGAUAGUGACAGCAGUGACAGUGACAGUAAAUCAGAUAGUGACAGCAGUGAUAGCAGUGACAGCAGUGACAGUAAUGAGAGCAGUGACAGCAGUGACAGUAGUGACAGCAAAUCAGGCAGUAGUGACAGCAGUGACAGUAGUAACAGCAGUGAUAGUGACAGCAGCAAUAGCAGCGAUAGUAGUGACAGCAGUGAAAGUGACAGUAAAUCAGAUAGUGACAGUAGUGACAGCAGUGACAGCAGUGACAGCAGUGAUAGUGACAGCAGCGACAGUAGUGACAGCAGUGACAGUGACAGUAAAUCAGACAGUGACAGCAGUGACAGUAGUGAUAGCAAAUCAGGCAGUAGUGACAGCAGUGACAGUAGUAACAGCAGUGAUAGUGACAGCAGUGAUAGUGACAGCAGUGACAGUGACAGCAGCGACAGCAGCGACAGUAGCAAUAGCAGUGACAGCAGCGAUAGUGACACUAAAUCUGACAGUGACAGCAGCGACAGCAGUGACAGUGACAGCAGCGACAGUGACAGCAGCGACAGUAGCGAUAGCAGUGACAGCAGCGAUAGCAGCGAUAGUGACACUAAAUCUGACAGUGACAGCAGCGACAGCAACAGCAGCGACAGUGACAGCAGCGACAGUGACAGCAGCGACAGUAGCGAUAGUAGUGACAGCAGCGAUAGCAGUGAUAGUGACAGUAAGUCAGACAGCGACAGCAGCGACAGCAGCGACAGUGACAGCAGCGACAGCAGCGACAGCAGCAACAGCGAGAGCAAGUCUGGUAAUGGCAACAACAAUGGAGCUAGCAGUGACAGUGACAGUGACAGUGAAGGCAGUGACAGUAAUCACUCAACAAGUGACGAUUAGAACUAAAGAAAACCCCACAAGAUGCCUUUUGUGAAAAGUCUGGUGAGUAAUUGAUAGGAAAUACAGAUUUCCAGGAAAGUAAAGAAGGGCGAGGAAUAAAGAGAAGACCUAUGUAAAGAUCCAUACACCUACAGACACAAAGAGUCAAGUUGUCGGAUUCAGGACCGGGUCCCUACACCCUCAGAGAGAGAAUCUAACUGUGUACAUGCAUGUUAAAUAUAUUUUGAAAAGAUUUUGUUAAAAGUGUAAAUGCAAACAUAGAAGAACAAUUAAAAUGUUCUUUACACAGAAACCUCAAGUAAUCACAUACUAAUAACUUCAAUUUAUAUGCCAAGUGCUUUAGAAAAUGUAUUAGCACGCAAACACAUCUUAUAAAUAACCAGUGGCAUUGGCCUAAUCUUGCAGUAAUUAUAUCUAUAUUCUAAGUAGAUGGUCUGCUUGCUGCUGAGUAAAAGAUGCUCUCAUCAUGAUCUCCAGCUUGGCUACGAUUCAUUUGCU